AUGACGCAUUACCUUCGAUCUCGCCAUGACGGCAUUCUGAUUGGUGUUGGCACCGCCGUCGCUGACGACCCCAGCCUUGAUUGUCGCAUUGCCGGGCUGUUCAAGCUAUAUCGAGAGGGCUGCGGGCGUCCACCAUGGAUCGUCACGGCACUCAGGGAACCCCCAGCAGACAAACGGGUACCGCCGGAGAAAUAUGGAGGCAAAUACAUCAUUGUGGAAAUCGCUACCUCGGACAUUGGCGAGCAUCACCUCGACUGGAAUAUCCUGCUAGUGAAGCUCAAGGAAAAUGGACUCAACAGUGUCAUGGUUGAAGGAGGUGGCCAGGUUAUCAACUCGUUGCUCUCGCCACAGUACCGGCCAAACAUUAACAUGGUCAUCGUCACCAUAGCCCCAACAUGGCUCGGCCAAGGUGGAGUGGUUGUAUCACCCAAGAGAUGCUUCAAUGAUGCAGGAAUAGCUAUCCCAACUGCGAGGCUAAUCAUACCUUUCUCCUAG